CACCUUCCUGGUUUGAGGAUGCUUGAAUCGGUGGUUGCUGAUCUGCUGAAUAAAUUCCUGGGCAAUUAUGUGGAGAAUCUGGACAGGUCUCAGCUGAAGCUGGGGAUCUGGGGGGGAAAUGUGUCACUAGAGAACCUGAGGAUUCGUGAAAAUGCCCUGAGUGAACUUGAUGUGCCCUUUAAAGUAAAAGUUGGCCUAAUAGAGAAACUCACUCUAAAAAUCCCAUGGAAGAAUUUAUAUGGUGAUGCAGUGGUCGCUACGCUUGAAGGUUUAUAUUUAUUGGUGGUACCUGGAGCAAGCAUAAAUUAUGAUGCAGAGAAGGAAGAGAGAAAUCUACAAGAGGCAAAACAACGAGAGCUACAAAGGAUCGAAGAGGCUCUGCAGAAAGCUGCAGAAAAAGGUAGACUUACUAUUGCUCUUAUGCAGAUGACUCAUUAUGAGGAGUUUCUUGGAGACUGCUACAACUUACAAAGCUUUGUGUAUAGUAAUACAAAGCCUGGACCAAAACGUAAAAAGCACAAACAUUUUAAGAACCGUUUUAAGGUUUAUGGUAGCAAAAAAGACAAACCAAAGGAGGAGAAAAAAGACACGUUACUAGAAAAACUGGCAGCACAGGUUAUCAAGAAUCUACAAGUCAAAAUUACAAACAUUCAUAUCCGAUAUGAAGAUGAUAUUAGUGAUGCCAAUCUUCCAGUAUCUGUAGGAAUAACACUAGCCGAGCUGAGCCUUCAGACUGCCAAUGAACUGUGGGUACCAUGUAUACUAAAUGAAGCAACUAAAAUAAUACAUAAGUUGGUCCGUCUGGAUAGCUUCAGCACCUACUGGAAUGUGAACAGCAAAAUGUAUUACCACCAUUCUGUGGAGACUAUCCUGGCUGAUUUGAAGUCCAAUGUUAUGUCAAGUAGAGGAAACCCCAUAGAUUAUCAGUACAUCUUUAAGCCAGUUUCUGCAUCAGCAAGGCUUUACAUCAACCCUAAUGCAGAGCUAGAACUGCAGGCACCAAAGUUAGACUGGAACAUGGAAAUUCAACAUGUCGCAAUAGAACUGACCAAACCACAGUACCUCAGUAUGAUCGACUUGUUGGCGUCUGUGGAUUACAUGGUGAGGAACGUCCCAUACCGAAAGUACAGACCAGUGGUAACACUGAAGGAAGACUGCAGAAAAUGGUGGAACUAUGCCAUCACCAGCAUUCUAGAAGUUCGUAUUAAACAAAGGACACAUAUGUGGACUUGGAGCAACAUAGCAGAACACAGGGAAAACCUUAAAGCCUAUAAAAAUGUUUACAAGGUCAAGCUGACUCAGACCAAAGUUCCUGAGGAAACGCUAAAGGAACUGCAGGCUUUGGAAAACAAACUUGAUGUGUUUAAUAUAAUCCUGGGCAGACAGCAAGCUCAAGCAGAGGUAGUGAGAUCAGGACAAAAGGUACUGGCUAAAAAGGCUGCCCAAAGUGAAGAGAAGAAAAGCGGAGGCUGGUUCGGAGGUUUCUGGGGGAGAAAGGAUACCUCCUCUAAGAAAGAAGACUCUGGUGAUCUUUCUGUUCCCGAAAAUAUCGACGACUUUAUGACCCCAGAGGAAAAAAAGAAGCUCUUUACUGCAAUUGGGUACAGUGAAAGCUCCUGCAAUCUCAAAUUGCCUAAAGCCUACGUGGCUCACAUAUUGGGUUUUAAGCUUGUCAGCACAUCUAUAACUAUACGAGAGGAUGCCCAUGCACCAGAAACUCUGAAAAUUCAGAUCAUCGAUCUCAGCACAAAAGUCUUCCAGAGACCAGGCGCGCAGGCUUUGAAGGUAGAUGCAAAGCUGGACCACUGGUAUGUGACUGGCCUCAGGCAACAAAAUAUUGUUCCAUCUCUUGUAAGCAGUAUGGGUUCCAGUGAGUCAUCUCUUCUUAAAAUUCAGUUUGAAACUAACCCUGAAAACAGCACUGCCGAUCAAGUCCUGAUACUGCAGUCCCAGCCUGUGGAGAUUAUUUAUGAUGCUGUUACCAUAAAUGCUCUCGCAGACUUUUUCCAGACUCACAAAGGAAUGGAUUUAGAACAACUCACAUCUGCUACACUGAUGAAACUGGAAGAGAUCAAAGAAAAAACAGCUGCAGGACUUACCCAUAUGAUUGAAACCCGGAAAGUUCUUGACUUGCGGAUCAAUCUUCAGCCAUCUUUUUUGCUGCUUCCAAAGUCUGGCUUCUAUCACGACAAGACUGAUGUCAUCAUUGUGGAUUUUGGUAGCUUACAGCUAAACAGCAUUAACCAAGGAUCACACUCCACUGCUGGUACUUCAUCUCUAGAGGAGCUGAUGGAUAAGGCCUAUGAUAAGUUUCAUGUUCAGAUCAAAAAAGUGCAAAUGCUAUUUGGAACCUCAGGAGAGGACUGGAAGAAGGCCCGGGCUAUGAACUCCUCAUCACUCCACAUUCUGCAGCCUUUAGACAUUGAUAUGCAGCUUGGAAAGGCUAUGGUAGAGCGAGACAGCAGAAUGCCCAGGUUUAAAGUGUCUGGAGAGUUGCCAUUGUUGCGCCUCAAGAUCUCUGACCGUAAACUCCAAGGAGUGUUUGAACUUGUGAACAGCAUCCCUCUGCCUCAGACGCAGGCUGACACCCCAUCUACUAAAGAGAAGAGAAUUGAUGUUGUCCCAAUUCUAUCCAGAAGACCAGAAAAACUCUUAAAACUAGAGAUUGAAAAGUCUUUGCUUCUGGAGGAGGUCUCAUCAGACUCAGAUGAAGAGUUCUUUGACACUAAAGAUUCUGAUCCUUCAUUUAAAAUAAGUAAGCCAGUCACCAAAGGGCACCCAGGUAAGAACGAUGCAGCACCUGCAGCAGAGACCACCCCUGAGGAGCUGGCAGAUCUACACCUAAAAUUUGAAGUGAAAGAAGUAAUUUUAGAAUUGACUAAACAACAACAGAAAGAGGAGAUCACGGUCCUGGUGUUCAGUAUUCAGCAGUUGGGUACUGAAGCUUGCAUUAAUACCUAUGAUCUUCAAGCUGUGUCCUAUCUAAAGACAAUUAAUCUGGACUACUAUGAUGUUCAAGGUCUCUGCACACAGCCUCUUCAUUUAAUAAACUCUUCAGAUAUAGAAGGGCUGGAUCUCUUGAAAGUUGAAUAUAUUAAGGCUGACAAGAAUGGUCCAAAAUUUCAAACUACCUUUGAGAACACUGAACAGACCCUAAAGGUGGCCUUUUCAUCGAUGGAGCUCCUGCUGCACUCUCAGGCAUUGCUCUCUGCUAUCAGCUUCAUAACAGAAGCCAUGCCGAGCAUUGCUGAUAAGACAGAGCCUGCCUCUGCACAGAAGCAACAGGACAAAGAGACAUUUGUCAAGAAAGCAACAAAGACCUCCAAAGAUAAGGACUUGAUUGCUUUCAAGGUGUUUGCAAAGUUGAAUUCCUUUAGCAUGAAUGUGUGGGAUGAUGACAGUCAUAUCGCUGAAAUCAAGAUACUGGGUCUUGACUCCUCCAUUUUCAUGGAAUCUAGCAAGAUAGACAUUUUUGCGAGGCUGAAGGAUAUUAUUGUCAAUGACGUCAACCCACAAACCAUCCAUAAAAAGGCUGUUUGCAUCAUGGAAGAAGAGGUUUUCAACUUUAAUUUGACACUCUAUCCUGAGGCCACACAAGGAGAAGCCUAUAAAGAUGUGUCUAAAGUGGAUGGAAAGGUUUCCCUGCGAGUUGGUUGUAUGAAGAUCGUCUUUCUAAACAAGUUCCUUGUAUCACUUUUGAGAUUCCUAAAUAACUUUCAGGCUGCAAAAGAGAGAGUGAGUGCAGCCACAGCGCAAGCAGCACACCGUGCAGCCACAAGUGUAAAGGACCUGGCAGAGAGGAGUUUUCGGCUGCUGAUGGAUAUUCACUUAAAAGCUCCAGUGAUAGUCAUCCCUCAAUCUUCUGUAUCCAAUAAUGCCGUAGUGGCAGAUCUAGGGUUAAUCAAAAUACAGAAUCAUUUUAGAAUGAUAUCUUCAGAUCAGGAGCUUGCCCCGAUCGUAGACUGCAUGACCAUCAGCUUGACUGAGUUCAAAUUAUCACGAUCAGUGUUGAACAGCACUCCAGAUAAGUCUGAUAUUCAGAUGCUCUAUCCUAUUAACCUGAGUUUAACAGUUUACCGGAAUCUUGCAGCAUCAUGGUACCAUCAGAUUCCUGCCUUAGAAGUAAAAGGUCACCUUAAUUCUAUGGAUGUUUGUUUGAGCCAGGAGGAUUUGAAUGUUCUGUUCAGUGUCCUUGUAGAAAAUCUUGGUGAAGGUGGAGAAGGUACUACGGACUUAGAACAAGCCUCUGUGCAAAGUGAAUCUGUAAAAUCUACGCAGGAUGUUUUGCAAGCCUCUAUGACUAGUUUGAAAGAUUCGAAUGAGUCGUCUCUGGAGCCUGGGGCGGUGAAAUCAUCAUCUGCACUUAAUAUUCUGCUAAAUUUUGAAAUUAAAAGGGUUAUUGUCCAGUUAAUGAGGCAAGCAAGAUGUUCCCCUCUCCAUGUUGUCCAGAUUUCUCAGCUUGGAGCAGAGACAAGAGUAGGAAGUCAUGAAAUGACAGUAAAAGUAUAUCUGCAAAAGAUCAGCAUGACUUGCAAUGACUUCAAGGGUUCUGAUGGAGGGCCUCUGCUUCUUAUCAACUCUUCUGAUGACACCAAAGAACAUCUUCUAAAAAUGGAAUAUGUGAAGGCUGAUCGUAAUGGACCAGGUUUUAAAGCCAUUCACAACAAUACUGUUCAGCGCUUGAGUGCUUCUAUGUCUUCACUUGAUCUAAUUCUUCACACUCAAGCUUUGCUUUCUCUGUUGAAUUUCUUGUCUGCUGCCAUGCCAUCUGGUGAGGCCAGUGUGGCUGAGAGAACCAAGGAAUUAAAGUCAAGCUUGGCAAAACAGAAGAGCGUCAGCACUAAGCCUGAAAUUAGUAAGUCUGAGGAAGAUGUUUUUGACAUGAAGCUUUCAGCCACAUUAAAUGCCUUUAAUGUUUUUGUUUGUGAUGAAACGUGUAACAUUGCUGAUAUUAGGAUCCAAGGUAUGGAUGCAUCUUAUGCUGUGCAGGCCAGUAGGAAGGAUCUCUAUGCCCGUCUUCGUGACUUUGUGGUCAUCAAUGUGGAUCCAAAAACAAUUCAUCAUAAGGCUGUCUACAUACUGGGAGAAGAAGUGUUUAGCUUGCAAAUGACAUUGUUUCCGGAUGCUACAGAAGGCCCUGCUUACAAGGAUAUGUCUGCGGUAGAUGGCAAGAUCUUACUGAGAGUGGGUUGUAUACACAUUGUGUGUUUACAUAAGUUCCUCAUGUCACUCUUGAAUUUCUUUAACACAUUCCAAGCAGCUAAAGAGGCUGUUGGCACAGCAACUGCCCAAGCUGCAGAAAAAGCUGCAUCAAGCAUGAAGGAUUUGGCACAGAAAAGCUUCCGCCUUGCCAUGGACAUAGACCUGAAAGCCCCAGUUAUUUAUAUACCACAAUCUUCAGUCUCCAGCAAUGUCAUCAUUGCGGAUUUAGGCUUGAUAAGAGUCCGAAACAAGUUCACCCUGGUUCCAGAUGUCACUGGCUCACUUCCGCCAGUCAUCGAUAAGAUGGAUAUCCAGCUGACCGAGCUGAAAUUAUUAAGGACAGUACUUCAGAAUGAGUCUCCUCAGCCAGAGCUAGAGAUACUGCAGCCCGUCAAUCUAAUUGUAUCUGUACAAAGGAAUCUUGCUGCUUCUUGGUAUUCCCAGAUACCAGCCAUUCAGAUUGAUGGAGAUUUAAAACCAAUGCAGGUUGCUUUGAGCCAAGAUGAUCUUACUGUCCUUAUGAAUGUCCUAUUUGAAAACUUGUCAGAAAAACCAUCACUGCAAAGUAAAGCUCAAACAUCUGGAGAGGUUGAAGGGGUAUUAAAAGAGACAAGUGCAAUAAGUAAACAAAGAGAUGAUCAUAAAACAUCUGCUUCACCUCAAGUCUCCAGUGAUGAGACUCCAGCUAUCAUGUUGAAGUUUGGUUUUAAUUUUGAAUCUCUCUCUGUCAUGCUCUACAACAAUGACACUAGUAAGGUGGCUUCUGAAUGGCUGCAUCAUGAAAGUCUGCGUCUGGGAGAAUUGAGACUGCAUUGUCUGUCAUCCUCAGGAAUGAUGUGUGCUGAUAGCUCAAUGGACUUUUCCAUUUGUCUCAAGACCUGCACUCUUGAUGACCUCAGGGAAGGUGUUACCAGGGCCACCUCCAGAAUGAUUGACCAAAAAGAUUCCUCCAGCUCACGCAAUAUGAUUGAUAUAGAAUACAAACAAAGCGGAGAGGAACGAUCAAUCUCCGCCAUCAUGGAGAAGCUGUAUGUUUGUGCCAGUGUGGAAUUCUUGAUGACUGUUGGUGAUUUCUUCAUUAAGGCCAUGCCUCAGAGUCCGAACACAGAUAAACAUAUACACAGCCAACCCAAACAAUCCACUCUUGCCAAGCCCAAAACAGAGAAGGAAGGUAUAUUGAAUCCAGAUCAAACAUUGAAAGCAUUGAUCAUGGAUCCUGAAAUUGUAUUUGUGGCCAACUUAACAAAGGCAGAUGCCCCUGCCCUAACUGUAUCUUUCCAGGGCAAUAUCAUGCUUUCUGAUGUGAGCUCGAAGAAAAAAUUGACUGCCAUUGUGAAGGAAUUCAAAGUUCUAGCCUGUCCAUUUCUCAGAAAGCUGAGGGGCAACAACAUCACUACGGUUGUACAGCCAUGUUCCUUGCAGUUGGAAAGCAUAACAGAUGAAACUGGUAGCCAGGAUGCUACUCUUCUUUUAGAAGAAGUCGUUAUAAAGAUCUCACCCAUUAUCCUCAAUACUGUACUGACCAUCAUGGCUGUUUUGAAACCAAAGCCCAAGGAGGAUGUAGGCAAAGAGGAUUUAGUUGAACACAAGAACAUUUGGGGCAUAAGAACAACAGAGAGCUGCAAUAACUGGUUCUUGGGGGUCGAGUCAGCUGAUGAAAUUACAGAAUGCUUUCAGAACACAGAAUGCCCAAACAAACUAGAGACCUUUAGUGUUAAAGUAAACUCUGUGCAGGUGACACUUGAAUGUGGUCUGGGUCACCGUACUGUGCCUUUGCUUUUGGUGGAAUCUACAUUUACUGGAACUGUAAAGAAUUGGACAUCACUUAUGAAUGUGACUGCUGACACCACAUUAGAGGUUCACUACUACAAUGAAAUGUAUGCCGUGUGGGAACCCUUGAUUGAACGAGUUGACAAUGGAGAACGGCGCUGGAGUCUAAAGCUUGAGAUUAACAACAAUCCUGUCCACAACAAAAGUCUUCUGCCAGGAGACGAUUUCGUCAUGAUCCCUGAGCCUCAGUCCGCUAUUAACAUUACUUCUAAGGAUACCAUGAACAUCACUGUCUCUAAAUGUACUCUGGGGGUGUUCAGUAACUUGUCAAAGACUUUUUCUGAAGGAACUGCUUCGACAUUUGACUAUUCUUUGAAGGACAAAGCCCCUUUGAUCAUCAUAAAUGCACUAGGUGUACCUCUUACACUACAGCAUGGCCCAAACCUACGGCAGUUCGGCUCAUCAACACACAAUCCUGUGCACAAUGUGAACCAAGGACAGUCACUGGAGCUCGAAUUUUCCUGUGUGGAGCCUUUGCAUCGUGGUAGAUUGUCGGCCCUGCAUCGGCAAGAAAGUAGCCUCUUUACGCUUGGCAUAGUGCCUCAAGGAUAUACAGAGGUGUCAAACAUCCCAGUCACAAAGCCAGCUCGACGUCUUUAUAAUGUGCGAAGUCCCCUAGAGGAGAAUUGUGUUUCUGUUGUCAUCCAAAUCGAUACCAGUGAGGGGAACAAAGUACUUUUUGUUAGAUCUCCUCUGCAGAUCAAGAACCAUUUCUCAGUGCCAUUUACUGUGUAUAAGUUUGUUGCAAAUGCCAAGCUACUGGAGCCAGUUGGUAUAUGUAAACCAGAUGAAGAGUUUCAUGUACCCCUGCAUUCAUACAGGCGUCAGCUCUUCUUGAAGCCAUCGGGUGUUUUAGAUGGGCAAUUUAAAGAGUCCACUAGUUACAUAAUGUGGAAGGAAAUGCUCCACAGGAGCAGUGAGGUACAAUGCACCCUUCAGUGUCCAGCGACAGAGAUAAAUUUCCUGCCAUUCAUAGUGAACUGUACUGCUGUUCCUGAUGAAAUCGACUUUAUCACCAGUAAUGGUGAGAAGGAUUGGGAUCCUGCCUACAUUAUUCAUCUCUAUCCAUCACUGACUAUCAGGAACCUUCUGCCUUAUUCCUUGAAAUAUCUUCUAGAGGGAACUGCAGAUGGCCACAUACUGCCAGAAGGAAGCUCCUGUGAUGUCUUGCAUUCACGUAUCAGUGGUGAAAUUAUGGAACUUGACUUGAUCAAGUACCAAGGCAGGAAUUGGAAUGGACAUUUCAGAGUCCAUGGAAAUCUUCCUGAGUUUUUUCCUGUGUGUUUCACGGCAGAGACUGCUGAAGUUAUGACUGUGGACCUUUCUAUACAUGUGAAACGUGUGGGGAACCGCAUGGUGCUUUCGGUGUUCAGUCCUUACUGGAUCAUCAAUAAGACAUCUCGUAUCCUGCAAUACCGAGCAGAGGACAUUCACGUCAAGCACCCAUCAGAUUACAGAGAUGUCAUACUUUUCUCAUACAAGAAAAAGAACUUAUUCAGCAAGAACAAGAUCCAGCUGUGUAUUUCCACAAGUUCCUGGUCAUCUGGAUUUUCUUUAGACACAGUUGGAAGUUAUGGAUGUGUUAAAUGCCCUGGUAACAAAAUUGAGUAUUUGGUUGGAGUGAACAUUAAAAUGAGCAGCUUUAACCUAACAAGGAUUGUUACUUUGACACCAUUCUACACUCUUGUGAACAACUGCACACUAGAGCUUGAGGUGGGGGAGAUUGAAGCAGAUGGUUCUUUGCCAGACUUCAAGUGGAAUUACAUUGGUUCAUCUGAGUGUGUACCAUUCUGGCCAGAUAAUGUCUCUGGAAAGAUGUCUGUCAGAGUCAUUGGCUGUGAUGGAGUAUCCAAACCUUUCUUUUUUAAUAAGCAGGACAAUGGCACAUUGCUCAGCCUGGAGAAGAUGAAUACAGGACUUAUGGUAGAUGUCAGCAUUUCCGAUCACUCAAUAGUGAUUAGGUUCUCAGAUUACUAUGAAGGAGCUGCACCUGCUCUGAUCAUGAACCAUACACCUCGCUCUAAGCUGACAUAUGGCCAGAGUGGUACAGAAGACGAGAAGGAGCUUAACCCAGGAGAAGCAAGAUUGUUUGCAUGGGAAGAUCCAACAGGAACGAAAAAGCUGACAUGGACAUAUAGCCAAACCAAGGGCGAGCUAGACUUGUUAAAGGAUGAAAGUGGUCAAUUUGCUUUUAACCAAGAUACUCAGAUACACUGGGUAUCAUUCCUUGAUGGACGCCAAAGGAUACUGCUGUUUACAGAAGAUGUGGCUUUGGUGAGCAAAGCACGUCAAGCUGAGGAACUGGAACAGCCAGAUCAAGAAAUAAACAUUUCUAUCCAUAGCUUGGGGCUUUCUCUGAUCAAUAAUGAGAGCAAGCAAGAAAUUUCUUACAUAGGAAUUACAAGUUCAGGCAUCAUCUGGGAGUUGAUACCAAAACAGAAGUGGAAACCCUUUAGCCAGAAACAUAUCCUACAGCUUGAACAAGCAUAUGAGAAACACUUGGCAGGAGGGAGUAGCAAAUGGACUAAAAUCGACAAUAAUUUUGAGGUCAGUUUCAACUCCAUGGAAAUGCGUUUGCCAUUGAUUUGCAAGAUAAGGAGAAGUUUCCUUUCUGGAAUUCAUGUGGAAUUCAAGCAAUCUCCACACCAAAGAAGUUUACGAGCCCAACUAUACUGGCUGCAGGUGGAUAACCAGCUUCCUGGUUCAAUGUUCCCUGCAGUCUUCCAUCCAGUAGCACCUCCAAAAUCCAUCGCCCUGGACUCCGAACCCAGGCCUUUCAUUGAUGUUAGCAUUAUUAGCAGGUUUAAUGAAUUCAGCAAAGUCAUGCAGUUUAAGUACUUUAUGGUUCUGAUCCAGUGUAUGGCUUUAAAGGUUGAUCAGGGCUUCCUUGCUGCAAUCAUGGGGCUGUUCACUCCAGCCACUCCUCCUGAGGUAGAGAAACAACGUACCAAGUUGAUCCAGAAAGAUUUAGAUUCCCUGAACAGAGAGUUGAUGGAAUCUUCUAUGACAGAUAUCACCACCCUGAGCUUUUUUGAGCACUUCCAUAUUUCUCCUGUGAAGUUACACCUCAGCCUUUCAUUGGGAACAGGAGGAGAAGAAUCAAACAAGGAGGAACGUGAGAUUGUUGCCAUCAGCUCUGUAAAUCUCCUUUUGAAAAGCAUUGGAGCCACUCUCACCGAUGUAGAUGAUCUCAUUUUCAAGUUGGCUUGUUUUGAAGUGAGGUACCAGUUCUACAAGCGCGACCAGCUGAGAAAUCUUGUUAUCAGGCAUUAUAGUGAGCAGUUCUUGAAGCAGCUGUAUGUGCUCGUCCUUGGCUUGGAUGUCUUAGGAAACCCCUUUGGCUUGAUUCGAGGGCUCUCGGAAGGGGUGGAGGCUUUCUUUUAUGAGCCGUUUCAGGGUGCAGUGCAGGGCCCAGAGGAGUUUGCAGAAGGCUUAGUCAUCGGUGUGAGGAGCCUUCUUGGGCACACUGUUGGAGGAGCAGCUGGAGUAGUGUCACGAAUUACAGGAUCUGUGGGGAAGGGUUUGGCAGCCAUCACCAUGGAUAAAGAGUAUCAGCAGAAGCGGAGGGAAGAGAUGGGUAGACAACCCAAAGACUUUGGAGAAAGUCUGGCCAAGGGAGGUAAAGGAUUUUUGCGGGGUGUUGUGGGUGGAGUGACUGGCAUAAUUACCAAGCCUGUAGAAGGAGCCAAAAAAGAAGGAGCUGCAGGGUUCUUCAAAGGAAUUGGAAAGGGCCUUGUUGGUGUUGUGGCAAGGCCUACAGGUGGAAUCAUUGACAUGGCAAGCAGCACCUUCCAGGGGAUUCAGAGAGUGGCAGAAUCUACAGAAGAUGUAUCUCCUCUACGACCUCCUCGUUUCAUUCAUGAAGAUGGAAUAAUUAGACCAUACAAUCGAAGUGAAGCUCAGGGCCUGAACUUAUUUGAGAACUCAAACAUCAAAAAGUUGGAUGGAGAAAUGUACAGAUUCUGCUGCCCUCUCGGCAAAAAUAUGAAAGCGAACCUUGUGGUCACCAACAGGCGGAUCAUAUACCUAAAGGAAAUGGAGAUCUUGGGCCACAGAAUCAUUGACUGGGACUUUUCCUUUGAGGAGUUCCUCUGCCCUCCCACAGUGGAGGACAAUAUACUGACUUUAUCAGUCAAGAGUCAAUCAGUCUUCCAGAAAAAGGAAAACAGAGGUCAGGAGGUUCAAAAAAGGAUUACGCUCGAUAAUAGUGCGACUGCUCAGGCAGUUCUCAAAGUUUUAGAUGAGGCAUGGACCAGUUGUCGACAGCACACAUUAGUGAGGCAAAAAUCUGAGCGAUUUAUCAAGCAAUUCAGCAACUAAAAUACUAUGUUAUCAGUUAUUUUUUAUACAGUAAACUGGCAAUUCAAAAUAUUUUCCAACACGCAUGUGGUUUCCUGUGUUGUC